UUAAAAAGAAAAUAGCCCAGCGAGAGAAUAAAAAAACCACUAAAAUUACGAGCUUUACAAUAUACCCUCAAAAGAGGGCUGCUCAUCCCGUAAACCCUAAACCAAAAAGAAAAUCCCAGCUUUGAAUUGAAUUCAAUGGCCGAAACCAAGAAUCCUCACGAACCUGCAUUGACCUCCAAACGCAAGCCUGACCUUACCUCCCACGAUCAUGACCAACAAACCCUCCCCCAUAAAUCCCCUAAGCUCCAAACUCCCGAUGAAACCAUCCAAACAAAUGAACAAAAGCAGGCUCUCGACCCUUCUGCAGACAACGAUUCCUCCGUCCCUGAAUCCCGACCCCAGGAUGAAGAUCCUGGAAUGCACUCCGAAGAAGAAGACGAGGACGAUGACUAUGAAGACGAUGAUGACGACGACGACGAUGAUGCAGAGCAGGAGGAAAAUGGAAGUACGACAGUCGACCGGAAAGGAAAAGGGAUUUUGAUAGAGGAGGAAAAUGGCAGUGACGACGAAGACGACGACGAAGAUGACUCCAGUGAUGGUGAGAACGAAUCGGAGGUUGAGAGUGAUUUAUCAGAUGAUCCGUUGGCGGAGGUUGACUUGGAUAAUAUUUUACCAUCGAGGACACGGCGGAGGUCGGUGCAUCCUGGGCUUCAUAUUGCCAAAGAUGUCAGAAACAAGGGUGAAGCCGAUGAUGGUGAUGAUAGUGACUCUUAAUUUUGGGUGAAGGUUGUAUUUCAGUGAAAUUAUUUUUUGUGGUUUAAUUUGGAGGUUAGUGGAAUUCAGUGAUUAGUGUUAGUUAAUACUAUGAGUUUAUAUGCUACUCUGUGUUGUAACUCAAAAUUUUAACUUUGCUAGAAUUUCUACGUUCGAAA